UCAUUCUUUAUGUUCAUAGAGACAUCAAAGAAAAACAAUGAGAACGAUUUAUUUGGUGUUGGCAGUUCUUUUUUACGGAAAAGUUUGCGCAAUUUACGAAUCAUUUGUUUUGAAAGAAGAAAGAGUUAUAACGGCAAAUAGCCUUGUGGCAACCUUAAAAACUUUGCCUAAAGAAUACAGUAUAUCUUUCGAAGUUAACGCUAGCUCGUUUAUAACGAAUAACUGGACUAACAUUAUUCAUUUUACCAUAAAAGAAGACAAUAACAAAUAUGGAGAUAGAACUCCAGCUGUUUUUUUUUAUCCUUCAAAAAUGGGAAUAAUGCAAAUUUGCGCACCAGUUAAUGGUAACAAAAAUUAUGCAAUUUUGUCCAAUGAAAUAAAGCUAUUAGAAUGGACAAAAGUUACUAUAGCUCAGCUGUUAGUUGAUGGUCACUAUAAAUACUCUAUCCAAGUUGCUGGAAUGACAAUCAAUACAACAACAAAUUCAAAUGCAAGUGAGUUUUCUAACGUUAAAAUAUAUGCAAGCAAUCCGUGGCAUAUUGCACAACCAGGAUUUUUACGAAAUAUUAUAGUCACAAAUGCAUGUGCAACAAAUAAUUUGUACUGUAAACCUUUGCUAAAAGUCAAAUUUGAUGGAAUACUAUGCAAACAAUUAUUAUAUCUGACAUUUCAAAUUGACUACGCCUAUGAACCCGGCGAAAAAGCCGCUAAUCUUGGUUGGGAAUAUUUUUUACCUUCGUACGUAAAGGUACUGUCAGAGUCAGAAACUGUUGGUUUUGUUAAAAUUGAUUCUAAUCGAUUUAAAUAUAAGAUUUUUCACACAUUGCCUAAUGUUGGAAUUAGACAACGGAUUAUUACUUCAAUCAAUAAUACAAUUGAUAGAUGUUUAUAUCCUGAUGUGUACAAAAUUGAAGUUCCUAUGAGAUUAUAUUUUGAAAAUAGUGCUGGAAAAGUUUGGAAAAAAUAUAAAACAGUAAAGAUAUAUAUCAGGCAAAACUGUGCCUCAGUUGUUCAAUCAAAUCAGAAUCAUGUAUUAGAGUUUUACAAUCGAGGUAUUUAUUGGGAUGCUGUAAACUUUCAGCUACACGUUUGCAUGAACCAGCAUGUUAGGAGUACGAAACCAGCAUGUUACUAUUCAAAAGAUAAUGGCGUUUCGUGGACAGGAAUGGAUAUACGCAUAGGUUCAGUAUUAGGUCAUCAUAAUUUAAGCGGAGAACUGUAUGCAAUACAUAGAAACCAAAAGUUGUAUCUGGUGUUUCAUAGUACACUUAAAUCUUGGUUAGCUGUAACUAAUGACGAGUUUAAAAUGAAUAUUAGGAAUAAAAUAGACUGGAAACGGUUAAAGAUUUUAGAAAAAGAUGUUGACCAAGUUGUAACUUUUGGACCAAACCAGUGGAUGGGAAAUGGAGAAGGUCUAUUUUUCAGAAAUUCUUCAGAUAUGGAAUGGACUAAAAGAGCUGAAUGGAAUUAAAAAUGGAAAUAAAGAAAUUGUUAAAAAAUAUAUUUGUACUGUAUUUACCUGCCUAAUAUUUUUUAAUAUUUUUCUUUUUUUAAUUAAUUUAUUUUUGUCUUGACUAUUUUAACGGUAACUUAGUUGUUAUUAUUAUAGUUAAUACGAGCUUUUUACCAUUGCGAUAUAUUAUAUAUUAUUUUUACCAUUACGAUAUUUAAACAAAGGAGUCCUAUGAAAAGAUUGUGAUAACGUAA